AUGGCCGCACCGUACGACUAUGACCAUCCAUUGCAGGACCGAUACCCAGGCAAGACACUCCUCGUAGACGCCUGCCACAUACCCCUCCAUGUCAGCCUCUCGUGGUUCGAAGAAACGGUGCAAAAGCUCUGCCCCGGCCUCGUCAGCUUCGCCGUGUCCCAAGACGAUGCCCUCCAUCCAGGCGCCAAUCAAGCUUUCGCAUCGACACAAGAUGCGGACCGCGCCCUGGCCGUCAUGAACAACCACCCCGUCCUUUGGGGCUACUGCAUCACAUUCUGUCUACCUGGUGACAACCUCUACCCCGAGCGACGCAUCCUCUUCACGCGUCGAGUCAUUGAGCCGCUCAAGUACGUCGGACCCGACAAGCCGGCCAUUGAGCGCGAGUACUGGAUGGACGAGUACGACUGGCCCACUGGUGUGCCGUCUCCGGCCCAGCUGUACGACGCCUUGAAACGGUACGGAAACAUCCACCAUGUCGAGAUGCGAGUCGAGGGCAGCGACAUCGACCGCGACCUCGACACGCCGUGGGACGCCAUGGUACAAUUAUUUGAUCCGGACGAUGCGUGUGCACUUGACUCGUCGGACCAGGACGUGGACCUCCUUGGAUGGCACGUGCGAGAGUUUUAG